AUGGAGGCCAGGACCGUCGACGGUGUGGUAGCUAUCAGCGAUGCGCCCGACGCCUACACCCGUCUCAUAUGGCUUCGGGACGAGGAGGAGGGCGCUCCAGACGGGGUGGCGAUUGCGGCUGCUCUGGUACGCCGGCGCCGAGGUGGUCUCAUGCUCGCAGUCCCAGGAGGCAGCAUCCUGGAGAGCGAGCUCGCCGCGAGUCAGCAGGAGGAAGAUCAUGCUCUAGGGCCCUUCGUCAGGGCCAGAGUCCGAGGUGCAGGUCUGGCCAACCCCGCCAGUGCACUGGCCACCGUGUCGUUCGAGAUCCUCCUCGUGGACGUCGACGAAGGGGUGCUGACGGAGCUGGUCCCAGAGGCCGUCUACUACGAGGACGAGCAGCACGCUCAGCGGGUCCUGCGGCACUUCACCCCGCGCGCGCGGCACUGGCCGCACGGGCGCACGGUGCUGGAGGAGUCGUCGCGCGCCUUCCGCUCGCAGUUCGGCGAGGAGGCCUUCGCGGAGUUCUUCACAGCGGGGGAGGAGGAGGCCGAGCCCGCGGUGGUCGUCGAGAGGGCCUCCGAGCAGCCUGCCGAGGAGGAGGCAGCGGAGGUGGCUGGCGUGCUGGGGGACGGCUUCGCGGAGUCGGACGGGCCGCUCGCGCCGCCGCCGCGGCGCCCUGGGAGGGCGCCCGCUCUGCAGCGCCCGCCGCAGCCCGCCCUCCCGCGCGCAGCCCCGCCAGGAGGACCUCUGGCCCGCGCCGCUGCGGGGAAGGUGGCUGCCGCCCCGCUGCUGGGAAGUGGAGGCGCCCUCGCGGGACGCUCACCGCCGACGGCCUUUGGCCUCGCCGCGCCGCCGGCGCCGUCGGCUUUCGGCCGCGCAGCGCCGCCGCCUGGGCCGCCCUCUCGCAGCGGAGCCGCGGGCUUCGAGUCGCCAGCUGCCUGGCAGGCCGUCCUGGGCCGUCACGGAGGCCCCCCUGGGCCCGAGCUGCGCGGUCUACGGACCUCGGCCGCGCCCGCAGGGGCUUUCCCUGGGACUGGGGAGGACUUCGCCGGGGAGGGCGAGGACGACGCGGUCGGGGGCGGCACGGAGAUGGAACGCUUCGCGGCCGCCCUGAUGGGAGCUGCCAGGGCCUUCAGCCAGCGCGGCGAGGAAGGCGGUGCCGGAGGCAACGACGACCUCAUGGCUCGGAGGCGGCAACAUCGGGGCCGGCGUGCGAGGCACGGCCCACCGCGAGGCGCUCAUCGCGGCGAGGCGAGCCUCGCCAGGCAGCUUCUCCAGGUCGCUGAUGGAGACCAUGGCCGCGCAGGGCCGCUCCUCGCGCCAGCCCCGAGGCGUCGCCUACGAUCCUCCCGAGCCCCGCCUGUGGCUCGAGAGGACAAGCGGGUGGUCCGAGUUCACGCCCGGCAGCCCCAACACGGUGCGGGACCUCGCCCUGAUCGCGUGGCAGGUGGCGGACAUCGUGGACCGCCUGUGGAUGAAUCAGAUCGCCGAGGCCGCGGACUCUGCCGCGCUCCUGCUGAUGGGCCUGGACCAGGCCAGGAUCGACGGGGGCAGGCUCGACAUGAUGUGGCUGUGCCAGUUCGAGCGCGACCCUCCCGCCUCGCUCUUCGCGAGGGGCGGGCAGUCCGCAGUGGGGGCGCGACAGUUCAGCUCGCUGGCGAACCCACGCUGGUCCACUGUGAACCUCGCCUACCUGCGGGAGCUGGACCUGCUGGAGACCAGGAGGAGCGAGCUGCAGCGGCCUCAGGGGCGGACGCCGGUGCCCAGAGCCCGCGGGGCCCCCGAGCACCCGCAGCCCGAAGGCGCCGGCGUGCUCGGCCCCGGAGGCGGGGCCGCGGAGGCCGGCGCCAAGCCGCGGCCGCCCCGCAGGAGGCCAAAGCCGGCAUCGCCGGCAUGAGGGCCUCCCCAGACCGAGAGUGGGACACUGGAGGAGCCCCCGACGGACGGCUCCUCUGGCCAGGACCCGCCGACCCCCGCCAUCAUAAUCAGCAACGUGGCGAGGUGGUCGCACCGCUCUCGCGGAGUGGGUCCUUACUCCGUCGUUUGCGGGCUCUGAGGACGAACUUCUCAUCGUACAUCGGAGCCUCCGUUUGCGCUGCAGCGCAGCUUCAGCAGCGGCAGCUCGCUGGGGCAUCGCGCACCGCGCCAGUCUUUCCACUUCCUCUUCCUCCUGUUGAUGGGCUGCAAGGGGCGGCUCGCAGGGAGGGAGGCUACGCUGACUUCGACGCGAAGGUCGAGCAGCUGCUCCUCGUCCUCGUGUGCGCCUUGAACUAG